AUGUUUGGAAUCCAGGGCUUGCAGCUUGCAAUGGUAUCAACCCCGGUUCGGGCAACGGUGCUUGCUGUCUCGCAGGCAUCUAUAGGCUUAUUACGACCAAAUUCUUUACGGCCGAGAACAGAGAAAAGCAUUGGAAGCCCUGCAACUCAAGACGGGCAAUUGGAUAUCACCACGAUCGCCUUUAUGCGGGCCCUGGAUAGGAUCGGAUACUGCAUUACGGAGAUGCCCUCAGCAUGGUCUUUGCAGAGGGAAAGCGAUAAUGAAAUUCUUGAGCCAUUGAGUGCACAUACAGUCGGCAGAGAUCUCAACUCGGCGAUAUACUGGCUAUUUAUAAGGCUAGAUCUUGGAGCAGCGCUGGCCACAAAUACUUGUCUCCAGAUUCAAAUCCCUCCGUCGCCACCAUAUCAUGCGGAAGGAGAUCUUGGUACUAACCCAUUUGGACUGGUCUUCUCAUAUGCACAUUGCCCUCUCUGGCUCUGUGCGCGGGCUAUUGAAUUCAUGCACAAUGAAGAUCCCUCUCCGCACCUGCCCCCGCUUCGAGUGUGGAUGAGAAUUGUCGAGGAACUUGAGCAGUGGUACCGAGAACGACCUCAGGAGUUCCAACCGAUGCUGGAGAUAGAGACAGACGACCAAGCUGCCGAUCCGAGCCAAAGCUUUCCCGUUGUUCUUUUUGCAAAUGGGGCUGGUGUUUUCUCUAACCAGCUAUAUCAUACAGCCAUGUUACUGUUACUACAUAGUCGGCCGCGAACAGCGCACAUCGCAGACAUUCGUUCGGCCACGAUGUCUCCUCUGUGGCAUGCCCAGCGAAUCUGUAGUAUCGCUCUGAACAACGAGCGACGCGAGUGCUGGGAUCCAUGUCUGCUAGCAUCAUUUCUGACGGCCGCACGCCGCAUGACACAUGAGUCGCAGCAACAAGAGAUUUUGCGAGGCUUUGAGCGCAUCCGGAAGAUCACUGGCUGGAAUGCUGGAGAGCUUCUGCGAGAUCUUCAGGUAGAAUGGGGCUGGCCGGAGGCAUAG